UUUGUUUUUAAAAAGUUUUUUUUUGAAUAGUAAUUUGAAAAAUUUUUUAAUAUCAAUAUGAAAUACUUAACCAUUUUGCUGGUCAUUCCUGUUGUUUUUUCUCAAUUUGAUGAAAAUAUUAUUUCAGAUAAUGAUAUUAAAGCCAUGGAUGAGUUGCUAAAUAAUUUGGAAAAGAGUGUGGAUCAGCAAAAAGGUGAUGUUAUUGUCAAUUAUCUCAACAAAAACAAAGUCGAGACUAAAACAAAUAAAGUGAAUGAUGUCGUGAAAAGUGCUGAUCAAUCAGUUAUCGUUGAUUUGGAUAAUUACAGAUUAAAGUCUAUAAAGGAAUCAAUAGUUGAUAGACAAACAAUGAUUUCUGAGUUCCAUAAAGUGUUUGCAGACAUCAAACUACCGAAAAAUUUUCAAAAAAUUUUUGAAUCGUUUUCCGAGUUUUUUCAAAAAUCCUUAGAAGAUAUGACCCGUGGUUUAACCAGUGAUUCUGAUUCGCCAUUUAAUCAUAAAGAGCUGAUGAAAAUGGAGGAAAUGCACAACAAUUUCAAUGAAUGUCGCAAAAUAGCAGAACCAGUGAUGACUCGUUUGGCACAACUGUCCGAAAAAUACAAUACUCCUGAGUUAAAGCCAAAAGUGGAUACUUCGGAGUUUUGCUUUAUUGCCGUAAAUUUUGUUAAUAAAGCCGACGAUCUCAAGGCAUACACCGCCAGAAAGUUUGAACUUUAAAGACAUUAACUUUUAAUUCAAUGAUUUUAUUUAUUUUAAUUAUAAUUGACUUUCAGUUUUUUUUGUAAACAUUUGUAAAUACAGUGUAUUUCUUACUGUUAUUUAAUUCA